GUACGCUGCAGGCUUGAAUUGGUUAAUCGUCGUUGGCGUGAGACAUCGCUGAUGGCAGCACGAAACGAUGAUCGACCGGUCUGGGUCUAUGUUAUAUUCCGGAAAAAUCACUGCAGCGGACAUGAAAAGAUGACUGUCAAUAUGAGUUUUGAUGGACCGGUUUUCUGGAAUCGCCAAGUGGCAUAUAUAUACUGCUGUAGCUGCCAUUUUCAUGAACAUGAGGGGCCUUUAUUAGCACUGCUAAGGAAACUGGAACAUCGAGUGGAACGAAUGUGCAUUGUGGAUACGCCUGUCGAUUAUGCCUUCCUGCCAGAUAGUUUCUUCUCCUAUAUGGCCACAAGCAUGCCUCGACUACAAUUCAUAUAUCUGCGUGAAAUUGAUCUUGAAAAAAUUAACCGUGGUACGGUGGCUGAAAUGGCCAAGCAUGGACAGAUUAAAAAGGUCAUCGUGCAUAAAUGCCGCAAUUACGAAGUGAGUUGA